ACAUUUGACAUUUGGAUUAUCAGUGUCAUUAGUAAAACAAGCAAGAUUGAGGUUAUAUUACGAAAAGAAAGCAAUAAGCAAUACCUACGUGCCGAGUGGCUGGAUUGUAAUUUAUUUGCGAUUUUGUCUAUAAAAGAUUGCGGUGGUAUUGUCAAGAUUUCGUCAGAAUGGCUUUGGCAGCUUUAAUACGAAGCACUGUAGUUAAUAGCGCACUUUACUCAGCAGCUACUCUUCGUUUUGCUUCAACUCAACCAGAUAAGAAAGUAUUUCUCGAUGUUACAGCUGAUGGAGAUUCUUUAGGCCGUGUCGUUAUAAAACUUCAUGCAGAUAUUGUACCUAAAACUGCAGAAAACUUCAGAGCUCUGUGUACCGGAGAGAAGGGAUUUGGCUAUAAAGGCUCAGUAUUUCAUAGAAUAAUUCCUGAUUUUAUGUGUCAAGGUGGAGACUUUACUAACCACAAUGGCACUGGUGGAAAAUCCAUCUAUGGCCGUAUGUUCCCCGACGAGAACUUCAAACUGAAACACACUGGAGCUGGAAUUUUGUCCAUGGCCAAUGCAGGACCUAAUACCAAUGGCUCUCAAUUUUUUAUUACCACAACACCAACUCCAUGGCUUGACAAAAAACAUGUGGUUUUUGGAGAAGUUGUUGAGGGUAUGGAUGUUGUAAAAAAAAUGGAGAGUUUUGGCACCAAAAGUGGCCGGCCAUCCAAGAAGGUUAUGAUUAAAGAAUGUGGUGAGUUGGAAUGAAUAUUUGUUUAUUGUAGUAACCAAUUAAUCUGUACUAUACAUUAGUUAAGCACAAAUGUAAAUGUUUGUUAGUUGUGAAUAGAUACUAUUUGUAAAAUAAUA